AUGGCGCAAUAUUUUAGUAUAUGCCUACUAAUAGCUAUAGUGGGUAGUGCUCACGGAUUUACGAAAUACGGUCGCGACUGCCGGGAUAUUUCCUGUGCUCCUGGUCAGCAGUGCAUUAUAUCCAGAGAGCCCUGUACAGGCUCAACUCAACUUGAAAACGCUAAAUGCGGGAAGUAUCCGACUUGUGUAAAGAAGGAGCAAUACUCCUCUACUUCAGGUGAAUCCUUGAAGCGUGGGAAACGUCAGGCUAACCAGCAAGGAUAUGGAAUGGGUGGCAGUGGAAUGGGCCGGCCCAAUGGAAUGAAUAGCGGCGGAAACGGUGGAAAUGGAAUGGGUGGUCAGUAUGGAAACGGAAUGGGUGGACAAAACGGAAAUGGAAUGGGUGCUCAGUAUGGAAGCGGAAUGGGUGGACAGAAUGGAAAUGGAAUGGGAGGCAAUGGAAUGCGCGGGAACGGAAUGGGACCAGGUGGAAUGGGUGGUCGAGGCGGUAACGGCAAUGGAAUGGGACAAGGAGGAAUGGGUGGUAACGGAAUGGGCAUGGGUGGUAACGGAAUGGGUGGUAACGGAAUGGGUGGUAACGGAAUGGGCAUGGGUGGUAUGGGCGGAAAUGGAAUGGGUGGCAGGGGAGGAUAUGGAAACGGUAUGGGUGGAAAUGGCAUGGGUCCAGGUGGAAUGGGCGGUAACGGAAUGGGUGGUAAUAGAAUGGGUCCAGGAGGAAUGGGUGGUAAUGGAAUGGGGGGCCAGGGUGGCUAUAACGGUCGGGGCGGACAAAACGGAAUGGGUGGACCAAAUGGAAUGGGAGGUGGUCCAAACGGAAUGGGUGGACCACCUGGUGGUCCAAACGGAAUGGGAUCAGGCAAUAAAAAUUGGGGGAAUGGAAAUAAUGGCAAUGGUAGCAACCGAUAUAGAGGCAAUAACUCUAAUCAAAACUACAGCACUACUUCUGCUACAACAACGGAUGGCGGCUGGUAA